UCCGCAGGACCCGAGUACGCGUCUUGUCCCCGCCCCCUCCGACAAGGCACAGCAUCCACACGCUGCGUGAUCCCCAUCACAAACCGAGAGCGGCGGCUUCGCGGAGCCUGAUGGAGUAGUAGUACUAGUAGUAGUGGGAGUGCUCGCGGGUUUCUUUCGCCCUCUUCUCCUCCUUUUUUUUUUGUUGCUUUAAUGGAUUCGCCUUUUCUCCGGAAUAUCGCUUCAUCCCAUCGCGAGUGAGCCGCCGUGAAUCCGGAGAGGAGAAGUCUCCCGACAGGAGACAAGAUGGCGUCCAACAACACCCUGCGCAGCUACUCCAUCAUCCCAUGUUUCAUCUUUGUAGAGCUCGUCAUCAUGUCCGGCACGCUGCUGCUGGCCUACUACAUGGAGUGCACGGACCUGUUCAGCGUGCACGUGCAGGGUUUCUUCUGCAACGACGCCGAGCUGAUGAAGCCGUACCCCGGCACAGAGGAGUCCAGCUUCGUCCCCCCUCUCAUCCUCUACUGUGUGGUGGCUGCUGCUCCCACCGCUAUAAUUUUCAUCGGAGAGGUGUCCAUGUAUGUGAUGAAGUCGACGAGGGAAGCUCUCCUGGCCCAGGAGAAAACCAUCGUGACAGGAGACUGUUGUUACCUCAACCCCCUUAUCCGUCGCGUCAUACGCUUCGUAGGUGUGUUUGCGUUCGGCCUGUUUGCCACAGACAUCUUCGUCAACGCGGGUCAGGUGGUGACUGGAGGCCUCUCGCCGUACUUCCUGUCCGUAUGCAAGCCCAACUACACCGGCACCGAGUGCCGCUUUAAUCACCAGUUCAUCGUCAACGGCAACAUCUGCACCGGGAACCCCGUUGUUGUGGAGAACGCUCGCCGGUCGUUCCCAUCCAAGGACGCUUCGCUGAGUGUGUACUCUGCUGUUUACCUGACGAUGUACAUCACCAGCACCAUCAAGACCAAGUCCAGCCGCCUGGCCAAGCCUGUGCUCUGUCUGGGCACUCUCUGCUCAGCCUUCCUCACCGGCCUCAACCGAGUCUCAGAGUACCGAAACCACUGUUCGGACGUAGUGGCCGGAUUUAUACUGGGAUCGGCCAUUGCUCUGUUUCUGGGUAUAUGUGUUGUGAACAACUUUAAAGGCGUCCACAGUGCAGCAGCUAAACAGAAAACUGAAGACUACCGUGGUCUGCCUCUGAUGACUUUCCCCCGUGUAGAGAGCCCACUGGAGACCCUCAGCGCACAGAACCACUCAGCAUCGAUGACGGAGGUCACAUGACUAAGGGGGCAGCACCGGGUCACGUUUGCGUCUCCACAGCACUUCCAGACACAAUGACGAGGACGCAUGCCACGUGGCUCUGAAUGCUUAACAAAAAACAUAGCUGAUAUAUCUGUUUAAUUCACCUGAGGGACAAAUUACAACAUGUUUCUAAUGGUUUUCAUCUAGUUGGGCUAUGCUCAAUUCAACCUGCCAAGGCGCACCUAUUGCAUCCGUGACAAAAAAAAUCACAAGGCAAACUUAAGCACAGAUUGUUUUUCCAGAUAUUUGGAACCAUUUGAAACAUGGGACAUUAUUUUCCCUCCACGGUGCGCUGUUUGUAGUUAGAGGACGGUGUUUUGUACAUUUUGUAUGAGCGAGUGCUGUAGCCUAUCCUGACGGUGUUAAACCUGCGCACUUCCUGUCAGCUGACUCACCCUGUUUUACAUCACAUCCUGUCAGGUGACUUGCCACGUCGCUCACCACAUCUAUUCCCCUCAGUCUGAAAAA